GUGCUGGUACAACGCCAAGGAGUUGUGGGCAAUGCUUGGAAGUGAUAUUAACAAGUGCAGAGAUGAGAUGUAGCAUUCUACAGCCAAGAGAGAGAUCCACUUAAUGUGAAGAUAGUGCUGUUCCUUGCUUCAGUGAACUUUGCAGCAUAGCAAUUUCUCGGUUCUAUUCUAAAAGUCUUCUAAAUCUCGGAGAAAGAAGAAGAAUGUGGAGAGCUGUUAUGAUUAGUCUGAUCUUCGCUUGGAUGUCAGGAACUACCCCACAACGGAUUUGUAAGUACUAUGAUGUGGUGGAGUACCUCAACAUAUCUUCUAAGCGGGACCUCUUCUUGUAUACCAUACCCAAGAAGAACUGGGAGGAGCCUUUGGAAAUUGGUCUAGACUUCACUCUGGUUUCCAUCCUCUCUGUGAAGGAAAAAUUGCAGGUGGUCACAUUAUACUUCUGGCUAAAUGUGAUCUGGACAAAUGAGUUUGUCUCCUGGGAUUCCUCGGAUUUUUGUAACAUUUCAAGGAUCACUCUUCCUGGGAAUCUUUUUUGGAUGCCUGACAUCGCCAUAGAUGAACGGGCAGACGACGACAAGUUCACUCCAAGCCCUUACAUUUACUUGUCAUAUAAUGGUUCCAUGUUUGUAUUUCAAGUAUACCGACUCACCUCAUCCUGCAACCUGGAUGUCCAUGCAUUUCCUUUUGAUGAGCAAAAAUGCAACUUAACUUUGAUAUCUUCUAUAUAUUCAGAUAAAGAACUAAUACUGAAGAGUACUAAAACUUCCAGCAAGACAAACCAAGAUAGUCGCAAUAAUUACCUAACCAAUGGGGAAUGGAAGUUCGAGGGCCUGAGGAUCAUACAGAAUGUAAUGUCUUAUGAUACAGGAAACAGCAGCACAGUCACUUAUGAGAUUUCUAUGAAGAGGCGAGCAAUUUUGUAUGUGUUAGUCCUGAUCCUGCCAACCUUUACUCUCUUCUUGCUGGAUAUGGCUAUUUCCUUUGCAAUUGCUUCUCCUGGAGAAAUGAUUGCCUUCAAAGUCACAUUGAUCCUGGAAAUCUCUGUCUUGUCUUUGCUUCUUAACGAUAUGCUACCAGCAACAUCAGAUGACCCACCAGUAAUAGCUAUGUUUUUCACCGGCAUAUUCUUAUUCAUGGUCAUUGGCAUCUUGGAAAACGUCUUCGUAGCAUAUCUCAGAGAAAAUAAAUCAAAAGUCCCAUUCGUCAAGUGCAGGAAAUUUAUGAAUAGAUUCCUUACGAAGAAGAAGUUGGAAUCUGAGAGCCCUGUAACCAAUCUAGAAGAAGAGAUCCCCAAGAAAAGUAAGCGGCCUGCUGAGUUUCCUUUUCCAGAAAAAGACAAUGCAGACAGUGUGGUGUUUUUGAAACAUCUGAAUGUGGAAUUGCAAGAGAUAAAGAAACAUCUGGCUCUGGAAGGCUGCCAGGAUGCUCCUGAAGCAGAUGCACAGGACAGAAGUUUGAUCUUUAUGGAGAAGGGGCUUACUUGCAUCCGCUUAGUUUUAUCAAUUAUCUUUUUAAUUUAUAUCAUUAUAAAGUGGACACACUAAAUUGUAGAUUAUGGUCUCUGUGGUGUGGAACAAGGUGCACUGCAUUUUUUAGACCAGAUCACAUCAUCAAUACAUAUGGUACUGUUGUGGCAUCAAAUCAGUGAAUAUCCCUUUGUGGAACAUCAAAGGGAAUGCUAUUUUGAUGCUGGAUGUCUGUAUAUCUAUCUUUCUAUCUUUCUAUCUCUAUCAUAUUUUUAUACCGCCUGAUAUGUACAUCUCUAGGUGGUAUACAAAAUUUGAAAUAUUUACAAGUCAACACAGAUUAAAAUACAUGAAACAAUAAAUCAAAGCAAAGCAUAUCAGAAACAUGCAGAAAUAGGGCCAGCUUUGCCACCAGAUGCAGCCUUGACUAACCAAUCAUUUUAAAUUGUUGCCUUUUCAAGGCUCCAUUGAAUAGCAAGUCUUCUCCCUUUUCUCCAUAUUUCCUAGAAUGCUUUCAAAACUUCCAAUUUUUUUAAAAGCUUCCAAAAAGCUUUUUUUGCAGUAAUUCUUUCACAUGAACUUGUAACAAGAGCAAAUGUUCACGUGGGAAAUAUUGCAUAGGUAUAUCUGUCCUGUCAUACUUACUAUCCAGAUUUGAAAAAUAAAUCUUCUACUAGCUGACCUGACGCAGAGCAUCUGCGCCCCUAGCUCUCCCUGCCUCUCCUCCCCCAUCUUUAUUUAUUUCUUGCACCCCCCCAGCCCCUUUUCCCCUGCCGGCCUGGAAGCAGCCGCUUCUCCUCCGCGGCCGCCUAGCACCUAGCAACCCCCUGCACAGCUGGCUUGGCGCCCGCCACUUCUCCUCAUGUCCUCGUCACUAAUCGGCAGCUCGCUUGCGAACUCUCGCGAGAGCUGCCACACAUGGGAUUAGCGAUGGGUACAUUUUAAAAAAUUAAAUAUAUAGAUGAUAAUGUUGUACAAUUCCUUAUGAACUGUACUUUUUGGCAUGUAGGGAAUUGCUUGAUAGGAAGAAAUAUUGCAUGUGAAACAUAUUUAGUCUAUGCACAUGGCUGGGGGGUAGCGGGGAAGGCUGUGCUAAACUUGCCUUCCCCCCAGAUGAUCCCAGAAAGGUGGUGGGAAGCUUGGAAUGUGCUCCCACAUGAUCCAUGCUGCUGCACACAGUGUGGAUCUCCAGAGGCCAGGACAAUGCAUCCCGGCCUCCAUUUAUUCAAUGCAGAAUGAAGCUGCUCAUCUCCUUAUGGAUACUGAGAGCCCUGAACAUAUUAGCUGCACUUCCUGCCAGUAUGCUUCUGGAUCCAAUUCAAGGAGCUAGUUUUGACCUUUAAAGUCCUUUAUGACUUGGGAGCCACAUCUUAGAAAGUGUGUCUCUCUUACCAAAAUAUCUUUCCCAACAUCACUGGGCAGCUGCCAAGAGCCUGCUACUGAUCCCUGAGACCUCCUCUGUGCCCAUAGCCUUUGUGCAGUGAUAGCAGAGCAUCUCUUGGGCCCCACCCAGUUAGGAGGGGUGGUCCCAGAGAGGACAGUUUACCAAAGACUCCCUGAAACUUAAAACUGCCUCUGGUCCUCCUUAUCAGGCCUUACUUUGUUUUCACAGAAUUCCACCGUUAGAAGCACAGGGCUUCUAUUGCUGUUGCUCCAGGGUCGUGAAAUGAAAACCACGUACAAUUUAAGCAGCUUUUGUGGGAAUGGUUCAGAUGUAUCAUCCAAACAGGUCUCCUUAAGUGGUUUUGGCAAGGAGCUGCAAUACACAUCUUUUUCAUAUCGCUUUUGGUCUGGCUGGCUAGAUCCAUCCUAUGUGAUUGACAGCAGACUAAACAGGUUUUGAUGCUAAUCUUUACCAUUAUAAUUAGUUGUUUUAUUCUCUUUGUUAGCCACCCUGAAUCUUUGAAAGGUGGCAUAAAAUGUGUUUUUUUAAAAAAUGAAUAUUCAAAGGAGCUUCUGUGUCUUUAGUAGCAGAGAAGCAAGGGCAUGCCCUCACCUCUUGCCUGUGGGCUUCUAAGAGGCAUUUAGUGGGCCACUGUGGGGAAACAGGAUGCUGGACUAGAUGGGCCUUGGGCCUGAUCCAGCAGGGCUGUUCUUAUGUACACUGGCAGAUUAACAUCAGUAAUUUCAUCCUGCUACCGUGAUGCAAGAAGCAGCUUAAAAUUGUUCCUGUUGCACAACAAUUAAAGGCUAAGGAGAAACUUUGCUGUAUUGUAUUUGACAACCCACUGGGAAAAAGAAUAAACAUCAAGGUAAUGUGUGAAACUAGUCUCAUUUAUCAGUAAUGGAUGUUCAAAGGGCACCAUCUAUCUGGGCAUGAGCAACUGAAAUUUAGCAAAGAAAGAGCUUUGCUUUCUGAGCAUGGUGUUAUGCACUGAAGAAGGGGAUAAUUAUUUGGGGGUAACCAUGGUAAUGGUAGGGAGCUGGUUAUGUUAAGUAGAAUUUAGCCAUAGGCCUCAAAAAACCUAAAGGCCUGCACAUUGCUAAUUGACAAGACAGAUUUCACAUAAGUAUUUGCUUAAUCUUAUACAGAGAGCGGCAAAAUAUCAGAGUAAGAGGUGUUUGCUUUGUAGCAAUUGUAACAAGUGAAUGUUUAACUACCGCAGCCUUUGGUCAGGAGUCUAAGUGAAUGAGGAAAGUAUGGAUAUUAGGGAUUUACCAGCUAUCUGGUACUGAUGAGAAGCCACACUAGUCUAUUCCCCAUGGCAUAAGGAAGGUGUCUCCUGAUGAUGUGAAAGGACGGCUAUGCUCCUGAGGUGGAAAGAUGACAGGCAGCCAAAGCUUGUCCCCGUUGGAGCAGCCUGACCUAGAAGAAACCUUGGGGGACUUUCCAGCAACUGAGUUAGUGGGUCUCUUCACCCCGAUCUCCUGAAGUGGGAUGACCAGGGAAAGAUCAGACCAGGAAGACCCCCUGCUUACAAUCUGGCUAUAAAGGAAAUGGGUUUGGGGAGGAAAAUCAGAGUAGCCAUCAGAACCUUGCAGAACCAGAGCUUCUCUCAUCCCUACCAGAUUGGUGCCAGCUGAUUCCCAGACUCAGACCAAAUAACAGAUAAGCUUGUAAGUGAACUUGGUGUGAAUGAGAGUGUGUGUUUGUUUGAGGCUGUAAAGCUCAUGGUUUUGAUUUUAGUGCUGUUCCUUAUUAUUAAGAUUGUGAUUCUCAUAAUAUUGGUCUUGUAGCAUGGCUUGUUUCUUGUCAUACUCAAUAAAAGUUACAUUAAAAGUGUCAAGCUUAAA